CUGGGGUUUUCACUGGGUAAGUCCAAUCCCAACAGCACGAUAAGUCCUGAUAAGUUUAGCGGCUAUCGAUUGCAACCGUUAUAAAAGCCUUCGGCCGGACCAGUGACCAGCUCUGUAGUUGCUGUUUUACUGUAGCGAAAAUGAAAUUGGCUGUUGCUCUGCUGUGCCUGGUGGCGGUGGCCGCUGCUGCCCCUCGUUCCCUCCAAGCGAAGUAUGGCUUCCCGAGUGGACGCGUCGUCGGUGGUAUCGACGCUCUGCCGGGUGAGUUCCCGUCCAUCGUGUCGAUCCAGCGCGUGAUCCUCGUCGUCUCGACGCACAUCUGCGGUGGUAGCAUCCUGAGCAACUUCUGGGUCCUGACCGCUGCCCACUGCAUCACGGAGAACCCGGCCACUGCCAACUUUGCGAUCUGGGCCGGUACGCACAAUACCGCUAUCACCGAGGACACCCGCCAGGUGAUCAGCGUCGCGAGCAGCACGGUCCAUCCGGACUACCAGGGUGGUGUGAACCCGACCGAUAUCGCGGUGAUGCGGCUGUCCGCACCGCUUACCUUCACCCCGCGUAUCCAGCCGGUGGUCCUGCCGGCUCCGGGCAGCACCCCGUCCGGUCCGGCGACUCUUGCCGGCUGGGGAUCGACCGGUGGCACCCUGCCGACCCUGCCCAACAUCCUGCAGAAGGUGACCAAACCGAUCAUUCCGUUCGAGGAGUGCCGAUCGGCGGCUGGCGUCGAUGCCCCGCUCGGACCGACCAACGUCUGUACCGGCCCGCUGACUGGCGGAGUGUCCGCCUGCUCCGGUGACUCCGGCGGCCCGCUCUACACGGUGCAGAACGGCCAGCAGGUGCAGGUCGGUAUCGUGUCGUGGGGCUGGAUUCCAUGCGGCACGAUCGGUUUCCCGUCCGUCUACGUCGGUGUGUCGCACUACAUCGACUGGAUCCAGAACAACACGAACUAGAACGGAGCAAUGCGCGUAGGAAUGAUAAUAAAUGGUACACGAAUGAAAAUCUAA